GUUCUUAUUACUCCGUAGCGCCGAUCGCAAACCACAUCGACCUCGAGGCUUUGCACGGCCGAAUCCUGCAAAUCUCGCAAACUCACAAUGGAUAGCUACAACAAGUUCUUGGCCGAGAAUGUCCUCACCGAAGAUAAAGUGAUAACUUAUCGGUUGCUGAGCCGGGCGCUCAAGGUUCAUGUCAACACAGCAAAACAGAUGCUUUACGAGUUCCACCGGAACCAGAAUGCGAAACGUCCUGGUGCCGUGCAUGCCACGUAUUUGAUCUACGGAACCAAGAGAGCUCCUGACAAGGCGCCGGCAUCGCAGCAUGGGAACGAUGGCGAUGUCGAGAUGGCAAGCUCGGCACCCGAGAUUGAAUCGUUCGCCGAGGUCGUCCCUACUCUCACCCUUUCGCUAGUGCCGGAAGGGCAACUCAGAGAAACCCUUGCGGAAUAUGAACAAGUCAGCUCGAUACACAUCUACAGCGUCGGACCGCAUCCGACAAAGGACAUGGCUCUGCUCGUCGAUGCAGCAAACCAAGUACUUAGCCUGAGCUCGGGCGACGACUUGAAGAGUCUCGUUCCCAUCACCAACCCUAAGGUGCGACGUAGAGAGCGACAGGGGCCCGGGUUUAGUGCUGCGGCUGCUGCUGCGAGGACGCAGGCCCAAGCGAAGCUCACGUCGUCAAACGCUGCGCAGCCAAAGGCCCCAGAAAGGGUCAAGGAAGUUUCAAAACCUGCUCCACCCGCUCAGGAGACGACUGACAAAGGUUCUUCUUUGGGGCCGACGAAAAAGCCCGCCCCAUCGUUGAAGCGUGGCCCAAGUUCCGGUAUCAUGCAAGCCUUCUCCAAAGCGACGGCAAAAGCAGCCAAAGUUAAGAAGGAAGCAAAUACACCACAGGCCACAGCGCCGGACAGUGAGGAGCCGAGCGCGCAGCCACUGUCCGACGAUGGCGAGGACGACGAUGAGUUGCCACAGCCGAAACCGCGCAGCGGAUCAGCCUUCAAAACCAAGAAGCAGAGGGAAGAGGAGCUGAGACGGAUGAUGGAGGAAGAGGACGAGGAAGAAGAGGCGUCAGAUAAGGCAGAAACACCCGAGGAAGAGCCCGUGGAGGAGGUAAUGGAGGAAGAACCCCAGGCGCCGGAGCCUGAGCCUGUGAAGGAGGAGGAGACGGAAGUUGUUGCUGUUUCUGCCAACGGUCGGCGGCGGGGCAAAAGACGGGUUAUGCGUAAGAAACAGAUCAUGGAUGACCAGGGGUAUCUUGUCACUAUUCAGGAGCCUGGUUGGGAGUCCUUCUCAGAGGAUGAGGCGCCCCCGGCUGCGAAACCGAAGACAACGAGCUCGGCUCCCUCAAUGCAGACAGCAAAGCCAAAGAAGUCUGGUCAGAAAGGCCAAGGCAGUAUCAUGUCAUUUUUCUCCAAAAAAUAACGAAGUUGGCGAGUAGAGGGCAUUCGGGCUAGCUGAUAGCGUCUUGUCACGAGUUGAAGAAAAACAAAGGUCAUGUCUCGUUUUCCCCUUCCUCUUUGGAUCCCUUCGCACUCAGCUGUUUCUUUGAAUUGUCCAAUGUUUCGUGAUGUCGAAGGCCGAACCAAUGGAAGUUACAGGCCAAGGUCCUUAAAAGGGAUAAUAUUGAGCUUGUGCGCUUCGUGCUGCCUGUAUAAGGCAAU